AUGCUAAUCCAGAUCUACCUGAUCAACUGGCUUCUUCCGAGGAUUCUUGAUAAUUCCCGGUGGAUCGUAUCUGCCCUUGCUAUGGAGAUCAAUUCGUCCGCCAAGCUGGACUCUUACGCAAGCCCGCCCCUGUCCCCUUCAGCGCAUUGGUCCUUCGACCUCGAUCAAGUGCGUAGGGGGAUGGAUGGCGAUAUCCAGCGCAUGAAGCAACAUGAUUUAAAUGCCCGCUUUGCACCCAGAGCCGGGAUGUCCCGUCGUGGUGCAGCGGACCGGUUCAGGCAGGCCGGGGCCCCAUCAGCAGCACGUGGAGGUGAUGCAUCCUCGCAUGCCACGGGGCGUCCCCGGAUGUCCACCUACUUGGACUAUGGAUACACAGACAGUCCCUUUCAGGGCGGUCCGUUGCAGGGGGACGAGUUGCAACCAUACCCCCCGACGUUGCGCGACCAGCAGCAGCACCAGCAGCAGCGCCAGCAGCACCCGUCAGUGCACCGGCCCUUAGCUCCUUACGACUCCGAGAUGGUAUACGACCUCAGCGGGCAACAGGGCCCAACCCAAGCCACGUACGAGGUGGUGCCACCACCCUACUCGGCACGGCAAUCUGCAGCAAUGGAAGCCCUGUCCAGCCAGUUUGGUGUUCCACAGUAUUUCCCUCCAAAUGAACCGACAGGCACUGGGGUUCCAGCCGUAGGGCCGCCCUACUUGCCGUUAACACUCCCGCUGUCCGCAUAUAACCCGCCGCCGCCGGGGGGCAUGGGACGCUCAGGCGCAACGCAAUUCUAUCCAGCAAAUAUGACCGGUCUGACCCCCGUGGGUGCCGGCGGACGGUUGGAGGAACAGCAGCAACAGCAACAGCAGCAGCAGCCGUCUCCGCCGCCGCCGCCGCCGCCACCACCGCAACCGCAACCGCAACAGCCACCACCGCAACCGCAGCAACCGCUCCAACAGGUUUCGCGGGCCGACUUUGAGUCAGCCAGCGUAAGGGAAGUGUAUGCACAAUUUCAACGCGCUGUGCGAGGAACAUUCGACGAUACGCGCGCUGGCCGAUUGGUGGAAGCCAGUCGAUCACUCUUGGAAAUCUCCGAGUGGCUUGUGACUAAUGCGCGGGAGCUCGGGGUUCUCCGGGAUGACCAAACAAUUUAUGCCGAUCGAUUGCAACUAUGGAAUGACUUCAACAUAUGUUGGCUUGCACUCUGCCAGAAACAAAAAGACAUGGCCGAAGAAUUGUUUCAGACAGGUCGCCAACCACCGCAGACCAGUCUCCUCAGCAAUGAAGCCAUGGACAACUUGGGUAAGGAGCUGAUCCAGCUAUGCGAUCGAAUGGAACAGCAUGGACUAGUUGAUUACCAGCUAGGAAUUUGGGAGGAAGAGAUUCUUUCUGUCCUAGGCCAAUGUCUCGAUAUUGUGGAAGACCGGCUCGAUUUUUUCCGCUCCCACGCAGUAACUGCAGCCUCACGGUGA